AUGCCAGCUAUCAAUGACACCAAAUUCAACUCUGCAGUGUUCCUUCUCACCGGGAUACCAGUGCAGGAAGACGUCCAUCUCUGGGUCUCUAUUGCUUUCUGCUUCAUGUAUGUUAUUUCGAUAGUGGGAAACUCAGUCAUUCUGUUCAUUAUAAAAACAGACCCAAGCCUCCAUGAGCCCAUGUACCUUUUCCUUUCCAUGUUGGCCCUCACAGACCUUGGCUUAUCGAUUGCCACUGUUCCAACUGUACUGGGCAUAUACUUAUUUAACUCUAGGGACAUCAGUUUUGGUGCCUGUUUUGCCCAGCUGUUUUUCAUCCACUCACUUCAAUGCAUUGAAUCCUCAGUGCUCUUGCUGAUGGCCUUCGACCGCUUUGUCGCGAUCCGUGAUCCGCUGAGAUACGCUUCCUUUUUAACUCUGCCGAGAAUAGCCAAGAUGGGGCUGAUGUGUGCAGUGAGAGGAGUGGCUGUCAUAUUCCCACUCCCCUUUCUCCUGAACCGGUUCCAUUACUGUCGAGUCAAUGUCCUCUCCCAUUCCUACUGCAUGCACCAGGAGGUCAUGAAGUUGGCUUGUUCGGAUAUCACCAUCAACAGCAUCUAUGGCUUGUUAACUACACUGUUAACAAUGGGGCUGGACUCACUGUUCAUCUUCCUCUCCUAUAUGAUGAUUCUCAAAACAGUGCUGAGCAUCGCAUCCCUCACAGAGAGCCUCCGGGCCCUGAACACCUGCAUCUCCCACCUCUGUGCUGUCCUGCUCUUCUACUCACCAGAGAUUGCCUUGUCUUUGAUACACAGAUUUGCGAAGGGCUCUUCCCCCUUGCUUCAAAUUCUCCUGGGCUACGUCUCUCUGUUGGUCCCGCCCCUGAUGAACCCCAUUGUAUACUGCGUGAAAAGCAAACACUUGCGUGCAAGGAUCAUCAGGCUGUUCGUCAAGUAA